AUGUUUUGCUGUGUUGUACAGAAGGCCAGCCUAGAAAAGACCAAACAUGUGUGACGACGACGAGACCACCGCCCUCGUGUGCGACAAUGGCUCCGGCCUGGUGAAGGCUGGGUUCGCCGGUGAUGACGCUCCCCGCGCCGUCUUCCCCUCCAUUGUUGGACGCCCCCGUCACCAGGGUGUGAUGGUGGGUAUGGGUCAGAAGGACAGCUAUGUGGGAGACGAGGCCCAGAGCAAGAGGGGUAUCCUGACUCUGAAGUACCCCAUCGAGCACGGCAUCAUCACCAACUGGGACGACAUGGAGAAGAUCUGGCACCACACCUUCUACAAUGAGCUGCGUGUGGCCCCUGAGGAGCACCCCACCCUGCUGACUGAGGCCCCCCUCAACCCCAAAGCCAACAGAGAGAAGAUGACCCAGAUCAUGUUUGAGACCUUCAACGUUCCCGCCAUGUAUGUGGCCAUCCAGGCCGUGCUGUCCCUGUACGCCUCCGGUCGUACCACCGGUGAGUCUCUGCCUAAGGCUUCAAAG